AUGGCAGUGCUAAUACACGACAGCUCUCUAUCAUUCGUGAAACCAUGUUACAUAACAGUGUCAAAAAAAGAUGAGACGACUGGAACGAAUCAUGAGUUAUCGUUUCGAAUCGAUACGACAAUUCUGACGGAAUCAAAGAAGACGAACAGUGCUGCGAGUAUCCAUCGGACGACGUCGAGUUGUCGGAAUUCGUAUGGAUUCGAUCACGCGGAUCGGCCGGAUUUCUUGGAUGAAGUUGGGAGAGAAGUGUUGAAUGAGAGUAUGGAAAAGAAGAAGUCGUUGGUGGGAAAAGAGGAAAUUUCUUGCGUUCUCUCCCUGGCAAAAGGUGCUCCCGGUCUCAUCACGAAUCGAAUCGACUUUCUGAAACAAAACGAAGUAGUCACAUGCACUCUGGAGACCGUCGAUACAGUAUCCCUUGACAAUGUUCAAUUGACAUUUCGAGAACUUUAUAUGAGUCGAGCAGAUAUGUUUCGUUAUCGGAGUUGUCUAAUCGGACGGAUGACUUAUGUGGAUGAGCAGAAACGUCAUAUGAAUAUCAAUACACGGAUUUCGGAUAUGUGGCGGAAGGGAUCACUCGUUAGGAGUGGUUUCGUAACAGACAAAACGAGAGUUGUGUUCCGUUCCAGUUCAUCUACAGUACUCAUAUUCAUUCAAAUGUGUUCUGAGAUGAAUCAGUUGGAUCCACAAGGAGAUUUGUAUCUGGAAAAAUGUAUCAAGGGAUUCUUGACAGAGUUGUUCCAGAAGUGGAAGGAACAGUCAUGCACGCAUUAUGUGUCCAUUAUUUUGUGCUCCCGGUGGUAUGCGAUUAAUGGAGUAGACGACGCGGCGAAGAAGUUCAUGAAGGGUGCAUGCGAUCAUCGUGGACGAUACUAUCAGGAUUUCUAUCGAUUACUCUUCCAGAAUGAACAUUAUGAGGAUUGGGCGGAUAAGCAGUUGAAAGAGAUAAACGUCGGGUGCAGCAAGUAUUCGUCCCAAAUUCAAGAUAAACUGAAAGAUAUGCUCCCACAGGUUCAAUUUGAGAUCUCGACGGCUGCCGAUGGGAAUUUUUUGCAAGUUGUGAAUAUGAGUAUGAACUCGUUCAGUAUGUAUCAUUCGGAUCGACGAUUUGAGACUACUGGACAACAGAUCAUCUUCGUCACCCCGGGAAACGGUGUCCUCCACGUCGAUCGAGAUCUCGUUGGUCUCACAAAACAACGUGUAAUUGACAUGGGAAUCUCACUGGAUAUGGUAUGUCUUGGCGAGCAACCCCUUCACGCGGUCCCCCUUUUCGUCUUUCAUCCGAUCGUCGGACAAACCGACACACGUUGUGAAUAUUUUAUUCCGCAUUGGAUGAAUUACUCGUAUUAUCGAAUGGCUCGACGAACGGCUAUCUCAACGACAUUCCGGCCACGUAUCCAAUUGCCAGCUGAUGUUUUAUCGGCGCCGAAAAAGAUGAUGAUGGGAACGACGAAGACUGAAAUUGAGAGAGGCGAAGAGUUCUAUCGGAAAUUCGACGAGGCGAAACUCGCCGCAGUGUGUGCAUCGAUUCAGUUACUACCGAAAGAAGAAGCGAAUGAGGAGUCGAAAGUGUUGAUAAAUGCACCGAGAGUCGGACGGAAGUUAGUGAGAGAGAUACUUGGAUUGACUGGGCCAGAUCCAUUGGAUUCACCCGAGAAGUCGUCGGAUGGAGGAGGAGGAGAGAUGGAGAAGAACAAGAAGAAGGAACAAGAGCUGGAGGAAGAGAUGAAAGGAAACAAACAACUGUUUCAUGACGAUUUUUUCCAAAACGAUGCGACUCCAAUGUUCGAAGAUGCUCCGCCCGCGGCACCAGAACCCUUUCCACCGCCAGUAUCCACGUCAUCUCAAAGUGAAACGAAACGAAAGAAGCUCCGCCCCCGUGACGAGACGAAAAGCGACAUGGCCAACGGACGGGAGAUCCGUCGAGAGCCCCCUUUGUCCGUGUCCGUUCGGCCGGUCUCAGCGGCGAGAGAAAUUCAGAAACCGUCUCCCUAUAAAACACUUCCACCUCUUGUUAGUAAUCACUCGAACUCCUCGUGGACAACCAAUACAAGGGUAGGCUUUUCGUUUGAGCCCAUGCCCGACUCACCUCGUUCGGCCUCAUACGAAUCUGUAAAAAUGCCGCCGAGUUCAAUCAUCGGAUCAAUCGAAGUGGGAUCGUGUGAGUUUGGAUUGUCCGUCUCGGCCCUCGCCAAACUCCGUGGAACGUCUCCAACACGACGUGGAACUUUCGAAGGUUCCACAACCACUCUCGCGAAUCAUCCCGAAAGUUUCACAGCCGUUUGGAAACGACAAAAUGGACAAUUGAUAAAUCCGUUUCGUCCGGAAGAUUUUGCUGUUCAAGUGACGGCGAAUCGACGGCGAUGGAUUCAUGUAUUCCCUGUGGAUAGCUCGGGAAAAUCCAAAUUGGCACAUCAUUUCGUGUCCGGACAGAGUAUUGUGCAUAUAGUUGGAGCACCCGAAGAUCAGAAACGACACGUUGCUCAAAUCGGCUCCUCCUCCCUGGAAACGGUAUCAAUGAGCAAGAGUCCCGAUCAGCUCUCCCUAUCCGCCGACAGACGAAGUCUCACGAAACGAGGGGCUUCCGGAGUCAUUGGAUCAGAUGAUAAGAACGGAUCGAAGUCGAAUUCUGCGGGAAAUACGUCGAAAAAAUACAAAGUUUGGGCGUGGGGAUCGACGGGAGAGGAGAAAUGGAAUGUCGAUAUGGAGAUUGGAACUGAUUGGAAAUCUCUCGUCCGGUCGGCUCUUCUUCCCAUCACAACUGAUUUCUUCCCGGAUGGACAGGCGUUGGUGGCACAACAUGUACGAAAUGAUUAUAGCAUUUGGAUUGAUGACCAAACGACAGAAAACUACCGAAGCGGUUUAUACGAACACGAAGAAGUGAGAAGUGUUACGUCGGCACAGUCGGAUGCGCCGCCUGAAAUCAAAUCUCCAGAAUUGAUUGAAAGUUUUCAUUCGGAAGUCAGUGGACAUCAAGUCGUCGGAGGCGGUGGACCGAGUGGCGGAGGAUUCCGUCGAGUUCGUGAUAAAACGGAGAAGGUUUCGAUGACUCGAAUGAUUUAUGAGCAAAUGAUUCUGCAGAGGUUACAGAGAGGAUAUCAGAUUGUUCUGUUGGAUAAGGUUUGUGCCUUUUUUAGCUGA